GUGAUUGAUUUUAAUUUCCAGAUAUCCCUCCCGCAGUCCAGCACUCACGGGAUAAACCCCAACCUCUGUGCAAGGUCUCCACCUCCCCCUCCCCUCCUGACGUCAUGCGCCGAGCUGAAGCUAUUGCACGAGAAGAGCUGCUCGCAGCCGCAACACUGUGAGUAUCUCUGUGCUCGUUGCCAGGACUGUGGAGUGUGCAAAGGAGUGAGAGAGAGAGGGAGAGAGCGAGAGCGAGCGAGCGAGCGAGCGAGGAGGAGAGGUGGAGGGAAUACAGUUUGGAUACAACUGGAAAACUACCAAGCGCGCACUGCACACACCAAACGGAAGGCACAUCGACGGCGCGUAGCCCACAUUUCACCUACUCCCCGUCCGCGGCCGUCGGAUUCAGCCGAGAAUGGAGCUCCCUGCUGCCGGAGAGCACGUCUUUGCAGUGGAGGGCAUCGAAAAGAAGCGCAUCCGUAAGGGCAAGAUAGAAUACCUGGUCAAGUGGCGAGGCUGGUCUCCCAAAUACAACACAUGGGAGCCAGAGGAAAACAUCCUUGACCCGCGGCUCCUCGUCGCGUUUCAACACAGAGAGCGGCAGGAGCAGCUGAUGGGAUACCGAAAACGGGGGCCAAAACCAAAGCAUCUUCUGCUCCAGGUGCCCUCAUUUGCCCGGAGGUCCAGUAUCCCCGCUGGUUUUGAGGACACAUGUCAGGAUGCAGAAGGAGGCUUCAAGUCAGAUCCUGUCCCGGUCCCGCGCCCCCAGCCUCAGCAGUACCAGCUGAACAGCAAGAAGCACCAUCAGUACCAGCCCAGCAGCCAGGAGGUCCCUGCUGAUCAGCUAACCAACGGAAAAAAGAAGUUCAUCUACCAGCUAAACAGCAAGAAGCACCACCAUUAUGAGCCUGACCCAAAUAUGUACGACACACAGGCCUCGAGGCUCAAAGAGGUGGUCAAAGUUCAGGAGCCGGCUUGUAAACAAGUAAAUCCUGGCUGGAACUUACCACUGGCACUGCAACAGAAAUGGGUUCGUGACAAAGACACAGGAUGUUUGAGUAAAGUCAAAGAGUUGGCAGUGGAGGUGAGGAAACCGGCUGUCAAAGAGGCUGAGAGCGAAUGUGCCCUCAAACCCAACCCGAAAGAUGCAACUCUGCCGUGCGCUAUGAGCAGCAAAAUGAAGAUAAUCAAGAACAAAAACAAGAAUGGACGUAUUGUGAUUGUCAUGAGUAAAUAUAUGGACAGUAACAAGGUCCAUGGAGCGAAAGGUAAACACGGGGAAUCGUCAAGCGAAGAGAAACCUCAGAACACCAAACCGUCAGAAAACAAUCCAGCACACAGAACCAAAAUGGUGGAGUAUUCGGAGAACGGUAUCCCCAAAGAGAUUUGUAACGGCAGCUCCCCUCCUGCCGCAGAACAUCCGACAAAAUGUUCCCCGAAGGACAGACAUUUCUCCAAACCUUCACCAAGCACAGCAGAGGAAUACAACACUGAGGUGGCUCGAGGUCAGGCUGACCUGCCGGAUGAUUUACCGCUGCAGCUGACUGCAAGCUCACCUCCAAUGUCCUGGGCUGUUGACGCCAACAUCCUGACGCCGACAGCGGUCGACCAGAUUAGGAUCCCUUCCUUUCCUAGUGACCGCAAGCGAAAGCUCUCAGAUCCUGUUGAGGACAGGAGUGUUUCUAAAACUUACCUGGCCUCCAGAAGCUUCAGUGUGCCCAGCACGGCCGUCACGCCACCUCAGGAUAAACCAAUGGACCUCCACUGCCGUGGCCGACGCCCUGGCUCUGCAUGCACAUACGAGGUUAUGGACUCCGGCGGCCAAGAGGAGCCGAUGGAUCUCAGCUGCCCAAAGACUAAGAGCCAGGUGGAGCCAGAAAUACAACCGGAGCUGGCGCCGGAGGCGGAGCCUGCCGUCACAGAUCCUCCACCUGUGACAGAGGACACGCCGCAAUUCACAGAGAAAUCUAAGGAAGCGCCUGUCAAAACAAUCUCUCCGUUUAUGGGAAAUAUCAUCAUCACUGACAUCACGACAAACAGUCUCACUGUGACGUUCAAGGAAUACGUAUCUUUUUAAGAAAGUCUCGGACUCCCGGCUGCCGAACGGGAUGAUCCUGUCAAUAUGUGCAUAUGUAAACAUGUAACAUAUGUAACAUCAGAAUUUUGUAUAUAAGGAAAUUUAUAAUUUAUCAUUCAAAUUCAAUAUGUUUCUUAUGAUGUUUUAUACCGUAUUCUCCUCUGUGAUGUUGUAGCCAAGAAAGUGCCCUCGAGGAUUUGAGUGAAUACAUUCAAGUGGAUGUAUCCCACUCAAAAAAAAGAAAAAAAAAGUCUGUUUUAUUUGUCAUAUGGAGCUUAAUGGGAUUCUCUUGCUGUUGUUUCAUACUUGUACCGAACUUAUAGCCUGAGAUGUAUGAAGGUUUAUAUGUAUUUUGUAUGAAUAAUAUCUUAUUUUGGUCCCAAUAGAAGGUAGAGAGGAACUUACGAUGAUCUAAGAUCAAACUGAAAGCACUUAAUUCCUUUUCCUUUUUUUUGUCAGUGUCAAUAAUGGAGAUUUUCUCUUAAAGUCUUCUUUCAAUUCUUUGAAGACACUUUCAUUUAGUCUGACUCGGUAUUUCAUCACAAGCUUUGUUUAAGGUGAUUUCUGAUGAAAAUAAAUAGCCAUUACAUGAAAAAAAAAAAUAUAUAUAUAUAUAUACCGAGCAUAAACAAAGACAAAGUGUGGAGUGCACUCUGCUAUGUCAACAGCCUUUAAGGAACGUCCCGGCCUUUUUUUGUUCAUCUCUUCUACUUGUUUUGCUGUUGGUAUGCAGCAAAGCCAUCGGUGGGUCUGCUGUCACAAUCAAAUUAUUACCGUUCUGCACAUUUAUGGAACAAAGGGUCAACAGCAUUAAGAAAAUGGUGUCAUUUAUCAAACUUGUACUUUACCUUUUAAGAAGAGGUAUUGAUUCUUACCAUAACAAGGCUGUGUGAUUUAUUACCGUAGUGUUGACCUCACAUAUUGCUGGAGUUCAAAUAUCUCCUCGUUGUUUUUGGGACUGUCCUAAUGAUGCACAGAUUAACAACGGUCAUCUCAUUUUGCUAUUGAACCUCAUCUUGUGAUCUGAAGAAACACAUACGACUGCUAUAUGUUUAAUGAAAUGCUACCAGGGUCAUGGAUGGAGUAUGUUACACGGGAUUAAAUGUGAGUUGCAAGGCGGAGGGGUUUUGUAUUUUGUUACAUGCAAUUCCAGCGAGUGCAAAGCUGUUUUGUUCAUGCUGCUGAAACUUCAAACGUCAAAGCUGUUGGAUGUAACCUACAUUUUUAGUCUAAAUUGCCUUCCAUGCACAGCUAAUGCAAGACCAGUGAGAAUGCUAAAAUAUUAGAAUGAUAAUUAAUGAACUAAUUAAAAAAAUUAAAUGAAGAGUGUGUAUUUAUUGACAUUUAAUUUGUCAUUCGAAACUAUUACAGGAUGUUUGCUCCAUGUGAUUCCACUGAACCGGUUUUUGUUUCUGACUCAGUUUGGUACUUUUUUCUUUUGCCAAUUCGCUCUUGCACUUGGUUCCCGGUGAAAAGGAUUGUUAUACAGUAUGUUUUUACCAGGAGCUGACUGACUUAUUGCUUACGGCACAGCUUAUUUGAUGGUAUGUUUCAAUAAAAGAAAAAAAUUGGCUCUCUA